AUGCCACCGCAACAGCCACCGCAAGUGAACGCCGUGCGCCUCAAAACAACGCUCAAGAUGGCCAUCUCCAAGCUCCGCUUCUUGCAGGAGAAAAAAACCGCCAUUGCCAAGCAGCAGCGGCGCCAGUUGGCAGACCUCCUUUCCGCCGGGAAAGAGACCAGUGCCAAGAUCCGCGUGGAGAAUAUCAUCCGCGACGACAUUGCCGUGGAGCUCAUGGAGUUCUGCGAGUUGUAUUGCGAGCUCAUGCUCGCACGGGUGCUGCUCAUUUUGGAUCUUCAGAGGAACGAAAACGAAGGAGGGCUCCGCGAAGCCAUCCUGCUGAUUGUGUACUGCUGCGGCCACACCGAGAUCAAGGAGUUGGCCACGUUGGGCGAUCUCUUGAAAAUGCGCUAUGGAGGCGACUUUGCGCGGCGUGUAGCCGAGAACAUAGCGUUUGAGUAUGUUCCCGAGAAGAUCGUCAAGCGCUGCGACUUUUCGCCUCCGCUGGAGACGCUUGUAGACAUGUACUUGGUGGAGAUUGCCCGCACGUACGAGGUGCCGUAUCUGGGGCUCCCAGUGGAGGAGUUGAGCAUGGAAGACACGCUCAAGGGAGAGGACGGUGCAAGCGAUGACGAUGGGGAGGGAGACGGCGGCGUGGGCGAGCUAGAGGCGCCUUUGGCGGCGGGAGAUGCUCCUAAGCCCGUAGCCAGCCGGCCAGCGACCGCGAAGAAAGAGGUCAGUGAUUUCGACGCCUUGAAAGCCAGAUUUGCUGCGCUCAAGCGAUGA